AUUUAAAGGGGCACGGGCAGCCAUGUUGGCAUGUUCGCAUUCACUUCUUCAGUUUUUGUGGUUCUCCGCAUGAUCCAAUCUACCGAGAAACAUACCAUUUUGAAACAAAAUGUGUAUUUGGAAAAUUCCAUGGUGGUAAACCUUAGAAGUGCGUGCGUUGGUGUUUUCCCCAUGUAACGUUACACACACUAGCACAUCCGCUAACGCCGCCUUUCAUAUAAUGCAGCGACAUUACACGGGUCCGCUUUACAAGGCUGUUGCGAAAACAGGAUCUGUUUGAACUACACAAGAGUUUAAUUUAGUUUAUUCGUGGGCUAUAUAGCAUUUUUAUUAAGUUGUAUGUGUUUAUACAUGAUAAUAUGAUUAUAUCGGGUAUGUCUUGUUAUCCAGAAAAGGCUAGCAGGCUAAUGUUAGCCAGCUGCUGGUCAUUGCAGCAGGCCCUGUAAGAAAAAGGGAAACUUAAGGAUGCUGGAGCAGAACAAUGGAUUUCUCCUUCUCUUUCAUGCAAGGGAUCAUGGGAAACACAAUUCAGCAACCCCCUCAGCUUAUUGACUCCGCUAACAUCAGACAGGAGGAUGCCUAUGAAGCCAUCAGUGACCCAGGAGAUGAUGGAGGACAGCAAAACUUUGAGUCUCCUUUGGAGUCAGGCUUUCCUUACCCUGCUGAAGACCUCCCAGUCAUUACAAACGGCUACCCGACAGGCGUAGGUACCUAUGAGCAACAGGCCAAGUUUGCCUUGUACUCUCAGUUCCCCAAUGGCUCAGCUAAUGGCUACGGCGCCAUACGAAACUAUGGGGAUCACGGUUUGCUGCUUGGUGAAGGCACUUUAUUGAGACCACCAGUGGUCCAGGAGAAGCCUCCAAGCCACAUCUCACCUCCACCUCAUCCCCAUCAUCACCACCAGCCUCAUCAUCCUCCUCACCAUCACCACCAUCAGCAGCAGCAGCAGCAACACCAUCCACAAAACCCACCACUGUUACCUCACCACCAUCAUCCGCCUCCUGCUUCUCACCUAAUGCCUCAAGUCUUGCCACCCCCUCCUCCAUUGCUCUUGCCCUCUUCACCACCCCUCCUUUCACCUCAACAAAGCACUGUCUCCAACCCCACUGCACAAUCCACCAACACUCCCAAAAAGACCAGCUCCCCAGAGAUCAAAAUAAAGAUCAUUAAGUCCUACCAGAAUGGCAGGGAGCUGUUCGAGUCCUCACUGUGCGGGGAUCUGCUGCAAGAGUUUCAGGCCGGCGAGGCUUCCAGAAGAAGACAUGAGCAAAAGAAGGAAAAGAGGAAAAAGAGAAGCAGCAGACAUGGUGCUUGUCAAGAAGAAGAGAGUCAGCAGCCUUGCAAAGUAGAGGAGCGGUCAGGGGUGGUUCAAAACUCCUCACGGCCCAACGAAGGUCAUGUCACAUUCAGAGAAGAGCAACCUUCUGUGACCCUCAAAAGCCCCAAAGCAGAACUGAAGGAACAGAAAGUUGAAAAGCACUUUCCUUCGGUCAUCACUAGCACCGGCUCUUGUCAAGAGUAUGAGAUCGGUGACUUGGUGUGGGCAAAGGUUGGGACGUAUCCUUGGUGGCCGUGCAUGGUGUCAUCAGACCCUCAGUCAAAUGUUCAUAUACGACUUAAUAAAAGAGGUGUCAAGGAAUACCACGUGCAGUUCUUCGGGAGUGUCCCUGAGAGGGCUUGGAUCCAUGAGAAGAGAAUUGUGGUGUACAAGGGUGAGAGCCAGUUCGAGGAGUUGCAAGCAGAAACACUCCGGAAAGCAACCAACCCAACUGAGAAACAAAAGUUGCUGAAGCCUCAGUCCCAGAAGGAGCGUGCCCAAUGGGAAGUGGGUGUGGGUCACGCAGAAGCCGCUCUGCAGAUGACACGAGAAGAACGCAAUGAGAACUACACCUUCAUCUACAUUGACAAGGAACCCAGUGCUGCUGCUGCUGCUCCUGCUGCUGACACUGUGACCUCACCUAGGGCGACCAGUAAAAACCGCCCCGAACGCAAGCAGAGACGCUCUAAAGGCAGUGCUGGAGCAAAAGAAGAGCACAUACCUCGUCGGCAGCAGCCACGGAGGCAGUGCAGCAUCAAUAGUAGUACAGAAACAUCAUCUCCCAAUCAGGGAGAGGAUGAUAUGCACCAAGAGCAACCCCACAGCCCUGCAAAACCUGACCCCCACCCCAAGGAACCCUCCCCACCUCCAGUCAGGACACCCUGGAAGACCGCCGCAGCCCGCAAGCUCCUCCCACUCUCCAUUACUAUGAAGAAACUAAACGUGGAGAUCAUCAAAUGUGACUGGCAGCUCCCAAAACAAAAGUUGGACUUACCUAAGAAGAUGGAGAGUGAGGAGAGGCCCAGCGAUCAGGUUCAGUCACCUGAGGGCUCCAGUGAUAAGGCAGAGGCAGAGACGUGUUCCAGUGAAGAAGAGCGAGCUGCGUCUCCCUUAGCCUGGAGUGACCAGGAGAGCGCUGAGCAAUCCACAGAGAGAAAGCAGCAGCGCCGGUCUGUGCGAAGCCGUUCUGAGUCGGAGAAGAGUGUGGAACCAGUGCCAAAAAAGAAAGUGAAGAAAGAACAGGCUGAAGCAGCGCCUCAAAUGGAUUUCAAAACGGGGUCGCAAAAAGGUGCCAGUGAGAUCUCAGACUCGUGUAAACCACUGAAGAAACGCAGCAGAGCAUCUACUGAUGUGGAGAUGGCCAGCUCACUGUACAGAGACACUUCCGACUCUGACUCCAGAGGCCUCAAUGAUCCACAGACUGGAUUCGGGAAGCGCUCGGACAGUCCUGCUACAGUAGAUGCUGACGGAUCUGAUGCGCAGUCCGUGGACUCCAGCCUGUCGCGUCAAGGAGGAAGUUCCUCAAAAAAGGACACAGUCUGCCAUGUCUGUGAAACAUUCGGGGAUUAUUUGGUGAGCUGUGAGGGAGACUGUAACAGGCUGUUUCAUCCAGAGUGUAUUGGAUCUAACAGUGGAACAGAUGGAGAACAACUGUGUCAGGAGUGUAAGACAGGUUCCCACCCUUGUUUCUCCUGCAAGGUCGUGGAGGGUGACGUGAAGCGGUGCUCAGUGAACGGUUGUGGCCGCUAUUAUCACGAAACAUGUGCCCGCAAGUACACUGGCACCACCACCGAUACUAGAGGCCUCCGCUGCCCUCAGCACAGCUGUGCCACAUGCUGUCUCGACAGAGACCUUCAGAAAGCUGGCAAAGGCCGUAUGAUGCGAUGUAUCCGCUGUCCGGUGGCGUAUCACACAGGAGACGGUUGUGUGGCGGCUGGCAGUGUGUUGAUGACACCCCACAUCAUCAUAUGUAGCAACCACUCCAGUUCCAGGAAGAACGGACACUUUUCCUCACCUGUAAACGUAGGCUGGUGUUUCAUCUGCGCUCGAGCUACCAAAAAGAAUAUUGGGAAAGGAGGAAGACUGUUGUGUUGUGAGGCCUGUCCCGCCUCGUUCCACCCCGAGUGCUUGAACAUGGAGAUGCCAGAGGGGACAUGGCUGUGUGGGGAAUGCAGAGCGGGCAAGAAGCCCCACUAUAAGCAGAUAGUCUGGGUCAAGCUGGGCAACUACAGGUGGUGGCCAGCUGAGAUAUGCAACCCUCGCCUGGUUCCCUCCAACAUCCAGACCUUGAAGCAUGACAUUGGCGACUUCCCAGUCUUUUUCUUUGGCUCCCAUGACUAUUACUGGAUAAACCAGGGCAGAGUUUUCCCGUAUGUUGAGAGCGAUAAGAACUUUGCAGAGGGACAAGUUGGCAUCAAUAAGACGUUUAAAAAAGCACUUGAGGAGGCAGCAAAAAGGUUCCAGGAGUUAAAAGCACAGCGAGAAACUAAGGAGGCCCUUGAACAGGAGCGAAACUCUCGCAGACCCCCACCAUACAAACUUAUCAAGUCCAAUAAGCCAGUUGGGAAGGUGCAGGUGCACGUCGCUGACGUCUCAGAGAUCCCCCGCUGCAACUGCAAACCCACAGAUGAGCGUCCGUGCAGCCAGGACUCUCAGUGCCUGAACCGCAUGCUGCAGUAUGAAUGCCACUCGCAGGUCUGUCCCACAGGUGACCGCUGCCACAACCAGUGCUUCUCCAAACGCCUCUACCCUGACACUGAGGUCAUUAAGACCACCGGCCGAGGAUGGGGCCUAAAGACCAAGCAGGACCUCAAAAAGGGUGAUUUUGUCAUGGAGUAUGUUGGUGAACUGAUCGACUCCGAGGAGUGCAAGCAACGAAUAAGACAUGCCAAUGAGAACCAUGUGACCAACUUUUACAUGCUGACCCUCACAAAGGACCGUGUGAUUGAUGCUGGACCCAAAGGGAACUUGUCACGCUUUAUGAACCACAGCUGCAGUCCCAACUGUGAGACUCAGAAGUGGACCAUAAAUGGAGAUGUUCGGAUAGGGCUCUUUACCUUGUGUGAUAUCGCUGCUGACACGGAGCUGACCUUUAAUUACAACCUGGACUGUCUGGGUAAUGGGAGGACAUCAUGCCACUGUGGGUCUGAGAACUGCAGUGGUUUUCUUGGAGUCAAGCCCAAGAGUGCAGUGGUUAUGGAGAGAGAAGAGAAGGUACGCAAUGCUAAGCUCAAGCCCAAGAAGCGCAAGCUGAAGACUGAGAGCAAACAGACCCAUGACUAUUACUGCUACAGCUGUGGAGAGGGAGGAGAGCUGGUCAUGUGUGACAAAAAGGAUUGUCCGAAGGCCUACCAUCUCCUCUGCCUCAACCUGACCAAACCUCCAUACGGGCGAUGGGAAUGCCCCUGGCAUCAGUGCAGUGCGUGCCAGCGCACUGCCGCCUCCUUCUGCCACUUCUGCCCCGCCUCCUUCUGCCGAGAGCACGAGAGAGGACAGCUGCUAGUGUCUGCCCUGGACAAUCGGCCCUGCUGCUCAAACCACGAUCCCCAGAGACCCUUAGGGCCUCAGGCUAGCCCUAGCCAGGUCACUGGAAAGAAGGAACCGCUCGAAGCCGGAGAGGAGGGGGAGGGCAAUGAGGAGGAAGACGACGAUGAGGAGGGGGGAGAAGGAGAGUGAUUGGGCCAAAGCACCGAGGAAGCAUUGAAAACCACAUCAAAGUACAUGAAAGUUCAAACUACACGAACCGUAGAGUAGAUACAUGCAGCUAGCUGGUCCACUUUUCAAUUAAACCAAGUGGACUUGAUAAACUGGUUUGAUUCAUUCCAAAUCUACAGCAGCUGGUAUGAAUUUUUUGAAUAUAUCACAAUUUACGGCCUCCUGUCAAAUUCAUACGGGCUUAUAUAACAAUGUAAGCUACUCAUUCUGGAUUUAUAAGCAAAAUUUCACAGCUAAUUCUCACUGUUUUUCAGAUGCGCUCAAUUUCGGCAAAAAAAAACAAACUUCUCUGUUAAAACGACGCCUUUCAGCGGCAAAGUCAGUUUCCACAUCUAUGGUACUUAAAAACACUCUAUAAACAUUUUAAACCAAGAACUUUGUUUCUGUACCUCAUGUAAAUAGCAAAGACUGUUGUAAUAUGUGUCGGGUGCAACCAUUCGCCCCUCGCCGGUAGGAUUUCACUACAUUUCUAAAUAUGAACCUGUCGUGCUAACAUCUAAAAAAAAAAAAAA